CAGCUCGGCGAAUUCCCCCAGGCCCUGGCGCGCGCAUCUCGCGGCAACCUGAGCGUCGCUUUCCCGCCAGGACGAAGCUGAAGCGGUUUUAGGCUUCCCUUCGUAGAUUCUCUCAGGCUUUUUUCCUUGUGCAGCUGCCCAUUUUUACCGCCGUCCUCCCACCAUGCAGCGUGAACCUCCGAAGGGGAGGCAGGGGAAGAAGUCGGAAAAGCGGCUCUUUGACCCCGUGUCCUUCGGGAAGGACCUACUGGCCGGCGGGGUCGCAGCGGCUGUGUCCAAGACAGCCGUGGCGCCCAUCGAGCGGGUGAAGCUGCUGCUGCAGGUGCAGGCGUCGUCCCGGCAGAUCAGCGCCGAGUCUCAGUACAAAGGCAUGGUGGAUUGCCUGGUGCGGAUUCCCCGCGAGCAGGGUUUCUUCAGUUAUUGGCGUGGCAAUUUGGCAAAUGUUAUCCGGUAUUUUCCAACACAAGCUCUAAACUUUGCUUUUAAGGACAAAUACAAACAACUUUUCAUGUCUGGAGUUAAUAAAGAAAAACAGUUCUGGAGGUGGUUUUUGGCAAACCUGGCCUCUGGUGGAGCUGCUGGAGCAACAUCCUUAUGUGUAGUUUAUCCAUUAGACUUUGCCCGAACCCGAUUAGGUGCUGAUAUUGGAAAAGGUCCUGAAGAGCGGCAAUUCAAGGGUUUAGGUGACUGUAUUAUAAAAAUAGCAAAAUCGGAUGGAAUUGUUGGUUUGUACCAAGGGUUUGGUGUUUCAGUUCAGGGCAUCAUUGUGUACCGAGCCUCCUAUUUUGGAGCAUAUGACACCGUUAAGGGCUUAUUACCAAAACCAAAGGAAACCCCGUUUCUUGUCUCCUUUUUCAUUGCUCAAGUUGUGACCACAUGCUCUGGAAUUCUCUCUUACCCCUUUGACACAGUUAGAAGACGCAUGAUGAUGCAGAGUGGUGAGGCUGAACGGCAAUAUAAAGGAACUUUAGACUGCUUUGUGAAGAUAUACCAACAUGAAGGAAUCAAUGCAUUUUUUCGUGGUGCCUUCUCCAAUAUCCUUCGUGGUACAGGGGGUGCUUUGGUGUUAGUACUAUAUGAUAAAAUUAAAGAACUCCUUAAUAUUGAUAUUGGAGGUAGUUCAUCAGGAGAUUAAAUUAAGAAAUGCAUAUAUUUAAGUUGUUAAACAUACAAAUUAUAUAGCUGCCAUUUGUAUACAAUUUGAUAGUGUGUUAUUACUGUCAGUAUUUUUUAGAGUACUAAUUCUACAAUAAAGCAUA